AUGGACGAUCCCGUGGUAGCUGCUUCAGCCGGAUCUGAGACUGAAACUAUUGGUACAGAUAUGCAAAAUCCUCAAAGGAGUUCUGCAGAUGAAAUUGCUAAAUUUUUUGAUGAUAUUAGAAGCAGGCAGGGAAUUUUCAAUGGUCAACAGAGUCAGCAAGUUACCGAUGGAAUUGAUUUUUCAGCAGAUGAAAAUGUGAAAGCAGCAGCUGAACAGUACAAUUGUGAUUAUAAACCACCAAUUACUUUGAACAAGCAGAACGUUUACAGUAUCAAUGAACUUAUUUCGAUAUCAAAACAAUUACCAGAAGGACUCGUUGAAGAAAUCGUUUUUACUUUGCCCAAAAAGAAAUUCUGGAGAUUAAAUCAUAAACAACCAGAUCAUGCUAAUCAGGGCAAACCAAUGGGUCAUAGAGGUUCUAACAAAGGUCUAAACGGAUCAAGUAAUGGCAAAGGCUUUUCAGGGGAAGAUACUAAUAGUCUAUUCGAGAAGAAGGGCAAUAAGGGUAAAUACUCGAGAAUGGCCAAUGGUAAAAAGAAUGGUAAAUUUGUUAAACAUGAGAGAAGUGGAUUUAUGGAAGAAAAAGAUAUUAAUGUUAAUCAUGAUGAUUUACAAGCUCUUGAAGAAGAAUUUGAACCUACUGGUAAUUCAAUGGCAGAUUUUGAAUCUUGGAAAGCAAAGAUGAAAGAGAUGGAACGUAGAAAGAAAGGCCUUCCUCCAGCUGAAUCUUCAGGAAAUUCUAAGCCUUCAUUGUCAGCAACUUCCAGUUCCAUAUCAGAUUUCUUGGGUUUGAAUAAAAUUCAGAAUGAUACCGCUACAAAUCCGGCUCAACCGGAAUCUAUCGAAACUGAGAAGAGUUUAGAUGAUGAAAUUAACAAUUUAAACAAGGACCUCCAUUCAGACUCUGGUAAGGGUUCUUAUUCUAGGUUUUCAUCGUUUUUUACACAGUCUUCUUCGUCAAGUUCGUUACCAACAAUGAGAAAUUCACACGAUCCUGAGAAUUUGGCUAAUAAAAAUAGUCAUAGCAAUAUUGGUGAGAGCACACCAAACUCACGUAAUCCAAGUGUCCCUGGUGGAUCCAAAUUACUGUCUUUCUUCAAUAAAGAGGCAGGUACACCGAAAGGUUCUAGGAAUCAAGCUUCCUUAAACACUGAAGAUGUAAGACAGAAACCAAUAAAUUCUUCAGUGGUACCACCAUCUCAGCCACAUGGACAAGUUCCACCACAACCACCAAUACGUUUACCAGAACAACAGCUGCAACACCGUCAACACCAACAGCACCACCAACAACUGCAACAACAACAGCAGCAGCAGCAGCAGCGUGUAAUGCCUCCGCCAGUCAUUGCUCCUGAUCAAUUGCAAACAAACAAUGCUUUCUUCCAAAAUCUACUGAGUAAGGGAGAAUUACAGAAUCAAAAGGGAACUGGGCCAUCAGGACCUCCACCGGGAGUCAUGCUACCUCCCCCAGGUGGACAAUCUGGUAUUCCCUUGGGUCAGCAGCCACCAAGAGUCUCAGCGCAGGGAGGGCAGCCUCCUGCGGGUAUGGGCAUGUCAGCACCUUUCCCCAUGGGUAUGCCACCUGGACCAGGUGCAUUCCCACCAGGCCUAGCACCUGGUGGUCAAGCAGGUAUGCCUCUGGGGCUACAACCACCAGGUACUGGAUCUCCAGCUGGGAAACCUCGUGGUAGUGGUGGCCAACCACCAAUGAAUGAUAACCAUAGUAACGGUGCUAAGGGAGCACGUAAUGCAGGUGGUGCCAAUUCGAGAGAGAGUGGCAGUAGAAUGCAGCAAACUCAACAACCACCUCCUCCACUACAGCCUGGUAUGGUUCCUCCACAAUUUAUUCCUGGUAUGGCACCACCAGGCUUCCCCAUGAUGCCACCAAAUUUUAAUCCAAUGUACGGACCACCUCAAGGCGGACUAAUGCCACCUCCAGCGGGACAAGGAUUUUUCCCUCCCAUGCCACCCCCAUCCGGUAAUAUGAAUUUCAAUGCAUUUCCAAUGCAGCCUCCAGUUUUUAAUCAACAGCACCAGGAAGCAAAUAGCACGGAAUCCAAAAAAUAG